AUGGCAUUUACUGGUAUUGCUGCAACUUUACUUCCGAAUGGCAGAACAGUACAUAAGACAUUAGGUUUACCAGUUCCAUUAUAUAACGAUUCAUCAUCAAGUAUUAAAGUGCAGUCUAAAGAAGGUCUUUUCCUAAAAGAAACUAAAGUUUUCAUUUGGGACGAAGCACCUAUGGCUCCAAGAUAUGCCUUAGAGAUUGUUAAUAGAACAUUAAAAUCUAUUAUGAAUAAUGAUGUACCUUUUGGUGAUAAAAUUAUUAUUUUAGGUGGUGACUUUAGACAACUCCUUCCUAUUAAGGUUAGAGGAACUAGAAGUGAAACCCUAAGUCUUUCCAUUAAAUACAGCGAAUCAUGGAAACAUUUCACAACAUACAAUCUUUCCGCUAACAUGAGAGUUUUGCCAAAUGAAGUCGAUUUCGCACAAUAUUUAUUAUCAGUUGGUGACGGAACUUUGAAUGAUGCAAAUGAUAACUUAACUCUUCCUCAACAAUGUAUUAUGGAACCCAAUAAUAAUGUUGCUCAAAUUGUAUUUGGUGGUUUUAUUGCAGAAAAGAAUUUUGAAAAAAUGAGUAAGUGUGCUAUUCUAUCAGCGCGAAAUAUUGACGUGGAUGAAAUCAAUAAGCAAGUUACAAAUCUGUUGGACAACAAUUCAGAACAAAUUUAUACUGGCAUUGAUAGUACUGAAAAUUGCAAUAACGGAGAAUUAGAUGAAAUUAUUUUACCAGAAUAUUUAAAUUCUUUAAAUCCAUCCAGUUUACCUCCAUACGAAUUACGUUUACGAAAAAAUUGCAUUGUAAUGCUUAUAAGAAAUAUAAGCAUCAAUGAAGGCCUGUGCAAUGGUACUCGAUUGCGAGUGAUAGAUUUUUCUAAUCAUUUAUUAAAAUGCAAAAUUUUGACGGGAGAUGAAACUAACGAUAUUGUAUUUUUAAAUCGCAUUUCAUUAUACUGUGAAAACGAAUAUCCCUUUUCAUUUAAAAGAAGACUAUUUCCAGUCAAAUUAGCUUUUGCAAUGACGAUUAAUAAAUCACAAGGUCAAACAUUUCAGAGAAUUGCUAUUGACCUUCGAAGAGAUGUUUUUAAUCAUGGUCAAUUAUACGUAGCAAUGCCCAGAGUUCGAUCAUGGGAUUCACUUAAAAUUUACUUAGGUGAUCAUCCAAUAGAAAAUUUGCAGGUUAAAAACUACGUUUAUAAGGAGUUAUAUUUGUAA